CUUUGCAAGCCGCCGGGAGGAAAGCGUGUCUCGUGUUUUGGUUGACGUUGGUUCCGAUAGAUCUGUGACGAAACGUGUACUUUAAACAUCUUAAUUAGUCACAUUUGUUACAGGAAGAUCACAGUGCUUAUAGCCAUUUUUUUCAUCCAUAAACUAAAACCUAAACUGUCGAACCCGGUCGAAAUCGUUGCGUGUUAGAUCUGAUUGUUAAAGACUCUUUUUUGUGGCUUUUGUUGUACCGCUCGCUGACCUAAUGGUUCGUGUGCCAGUGUGGUGAAGAUAAAAAUACCAUUUCCUGGUGCUGACACACUGCACAGAACUGGGGUAGUAAUAGUUCACGUCGGGAGUUGAGAGUUGUGAAAAAAGGGCCAAAGAAAAGUUAGUUAGUCGUUGUGAUCGUAGGUUUCUGUGAGUAGAAGCAUAAAGUGUGAACGGUACAAUGCUGGAAGACGAAGAUUCCGAUCGCAUCGAGAAGAUCUGCCCUGUUUGCAAGAAGGAGGCGAGCAAGCGAUGUUCCCGCUGUGCCAUGGUGUAUUACUGCUGUGUGGAACAUCAGCAGCAGGACUGGAAGGUGCACAAAACCACCUGUCAACCGUUUAAAAUCUUCUCGAACGAGCAGUAUGGACGGUUCCUGGUGGCAACGAGAGACAUCAAAGCAGGCGAGAUCGUACUGAAAGAAUCGCCACUUGUGCACGGACCGGCACAGAUCACCGGGCCGGUAUGCGUUGGAUGUUUGCAGGGUCUGGAGGAGAAAAAAUACCUAGAUUGUGAACGCUGUGGAUGGCCAGUCUGUAAACGAUCCUGUCAAGACAGCCCCUCGCAUCAGGCAGAGUGUAAGUUUACAAUCGCACGUGGUAGCAAGAUCUCCAUCCAGCACUUCUAUGUGCCACAUCCAACCUACCAGUGCUUGAUGCCAGUGCGUUGUCUUCUGCUAGCCGAAAGUGACCCGGCCCGAUGGGAAACCCUGUUGAAGUUGGAGUCCCACGAAGAAGAGCGGCGCGGCUCGGAACAGUGGCGAAACGAUCGCGAAGGCGUUGCAAAGUUGAUUCCACGCUUCUUCAAGUGUGAAAACAAAUGGGACGAAGAUGAGAUACUGCGCGUCGUUGGCAUUAUUCAGGUGAAUGGGCACGAGGUACCGAUGACGGAGCCAUCGUCCGUGGCGAUCUACAACAUGGCCUCGAUGCUGGAACACUCCUGCCGGCCGAACCUGGCAAAGAGCUUCACGAACCGCGGGGAGGUGGUGAUGUGGGCCCCGAACCCCAUACGGCGCGGCGACCGGCUAAGCAUCUGCUACACCGACGUCCUGUGGACGACGGGCAAUCGGUUGGAGCAUCUGCAGCAAACGAAGAUGUUCCGGUGCGAGUGUGAACGGUGCAGCGAUCGGACCGAGUACGAGACGUACUUCAGUGCGGUGCGUUGCUCCGGCUUUCAGAAGGACUCCAAGUGCAAGGGUUACCUGCUGCCGGUGGAUAACGCCCAGUGGACCGGCGAGUGGCAGUGUUUGCGAUGCUCGAAGGAGGUGUCGGGCGCGACCGUCUGCCAGAUACUGGAACGCGCCCGCAUGGACCUGGAAGCGAUGGAAAAGCAUCGGGAGGAUCAUUGCAACCGGUACAUGAAGCACUACUCGAAGUGGCUCACAGCGAACCAUCAGUACAUGGUGGACGUGAAGAUCUCGUUGUCGCAGGUGAUCGGUGGCAAAAAUCCGGAAGCGAUCAAGAAGAUUCCGUACGAAAAGCUGAUGAACAAGAUUAAGAUAUGUCAGGAUUUAAUCGCGCUGUUUGAGAAGAUUUGCCCGGCGGAAGCUCGUGCCUUUGGAGCAACCCGUUUCGAGCUUCACGCAGCGCUAGCGGAGCUUGGUAGACGCUCCACGGAAGCAAACAAUCCGGCAGCAGCAGCGGUACAGCUGGAAGACUCACUGUACAACGCAAACGAGUGCAUACGGAUGCUGCUGCACGAACCGUCCAUGCUGAUGGAGAGCAAAAUAUGUGCUCAGGCGCGUAUAAACGCAAACACGCUGAAGGCACUGCUGGGAAUUAAGGAGUAAAGAGAGGGACAGUGGGUUUGGUUCUAAGCUUCUAAGGCAGGAAAAGAAAGUGAGUUAUGUGGGAUCGGUAAAAAAGGCGAUUGGACGAAGCGUUACGUUAAGAAAGCAAACAAAAAGUCAUAAACAGUUUCAGAACCGCGCUCAUCGAUAUGGAUUGCACUUAGAAUGAUGAUACUUAGUAAGUAAAACCACCGCAAGCGAUUCCUAGAAAAAUAAUCAAUAUGCACAGUUGAAAAGGUGUGUGAGUGACUGCACUCGAAAAUAAACGACGGCUAAUCUACGUUAUACAUCAUGCGGAUGUUGCUAUUAAA